ACUGCCAAGAAUAUUACUUCCUUCCGUUUUUUUUUUAUUUUUAUUUUAUUAUGAAUUUAGGAUGAGUAUAUAAAGGCGCACGAUGUUUAGUAUUGCAACAAAUCAGACUUAAACUCGGCAUUAACUAGUAAAAUGAUAUCAUUUAUUAUAUGUUUAGUGAUUGUGUUACAGUCCGGCCAUGCAUUACCAACUUUUGAAACGGGAUCGAUGCCAACAUGCCAAACUAAGAAUAACAAUGUUGACGAAUGCCUCAAAACGUAUCUGCAGGAAGCUAUCAAACAUUCAAGUCAAGGUAACACAAAAUUUGCAAUUCCUCCCUUGGACCCGUAUUUCAUCCCAAAACUAACCAUGUCACCAAAUAAGAACGUUGGUGGGGUGGUGAUUGAGAUGAAAAAUGCCAGUACUUACGGUUUCAGCAAAGCUGUUGUGAAAAAAGUCCACGCGGAUCCACAGAAAGGUGUUUUUGAAGGACACUAUAACGUUCCAGUAUCAACUUUACUCGGUCAUUAUAAUUUGACUGGAAAAGUAUUUUCCAUCCCGAUAAAUGGAAACGGUAAAUCAAACGUAACAAUGUAUGACGUUUACCAUACCGUUAAAGUUCUGGGAGACGUGAAUGUAAACAACGCGGAUGGAAAAAAAUACCUCAACGUUAAUUCUGUACUGAUGCACGUGAAACCUAAAAAAAUGAAAUUCAAAUUCGAGCAACUUUUCAAAGACAAUAAACAACUAAGUGAUACGUUGAAUGGAAUGUUGAACGAUAACUGGGAAGAAGUAUUUGGAAGAUUGCAACCAAAAUUGGAGGAAGAAAUGUCCAAACAUAUGUUCAUACUGGUUAAACGUUUCUUCAACGAUGUGCCAUAUAGCGACCUAUUUCCUGAUGUGUAAAAUCUAGUCAUCUACAUCACUACUGUAUUUAUUUCGCCUUUAUUCGGGGGUAUUUCAUUUUAUUUCAUUUUUGUUAUUUUGUAUUAGUAAUUUAUAUUUUGUCAAAUCUUAUUUAUUUCUCGGUAUGCAGAAUGCAUGGUGUAUUUUUUUUUUUGGCUUCGAAAUAUAUUUAUUUU